UAGCAUCGGUACUUAAGCUUAUAAUCUGAGAGUUAAAAAAUCCGCUGAUAUCAUCCUUUGAUCAGUUGGUUGCAUAGCUCGGUUGAGAAGCUGUGUGUAAGAAGAAGAGAUGAAUCUGAACAUGAAUUCAGUAGAAUCAUUGGUGGCUCAAAUCCAAGGGCUAUCGAGCAAUGCAUCAGACGUAACUCAGCUCCACAACUUCCUCAAACAAUCGGAAGAGCUUCUCCAUUCCGACUUCGCUCGUCUGCUCUCUUCGCUCGCUGAACUUGACCCCAACACUCACUCCCUCGGCUUCCUCUAUAUCCUGGAGGCGUGCAUGUCUUUCCCAGCUGCAAAGGAGCAAGUUAAUGAAUUGCUUGUUUCUGUCGUAAGAUUUAUCAAUUCAUGUGCUGCAGAGCAAAUUCGUUUGGCACCUGAUAAAUUCAUUUCUGUUUGUAAAAGGUUUAAGGAUCAAGUUAUAUUGCUGGAAGCUCCAAUUCGUGGUGUGGCUUCAAUGCUGACUGCUGUUCGCAAACUGCAAUCCUCAUCUGAGCAGUUGACGACAUUGCAUCCUGAUUUUCUUCUUCUUUGCGUAUUAGCAAAGUGCUAUAAAACCGGAAUCACUGUGCUGGAGGAUGACAUAUAUGAGAUUGAUCAGCCACGGGAUUUUUUCCUUUAUUGUUACUACGGGGGGAUGGUUUGCAUUGGACAAAAGCAGUUCCGCAAAGCAUUGGAACUCUUACACAAUGUUGUGACAGCACCUAUGUCUACUUUGAAUGCAAUAGCAGUUGAAGCUUACAAAAAGUAUAUUUUGGUUUCACUGAUUCAUCUUGGGCAGUUCUCUACCAGCUUUCCGAAGUACACUUCGUCCGUGGCUCAAAGGAAUUUAAAGACCUACGCUCAGCCCUACCUGGAGUUGGCAAGUAGUUAUGGCAGUGGUAAGAUCGCUGAGCUUGAAACAUUUGUUCAGACAAACAAGGAAAAGUUUGAAACUGACAAUAAUCUUGGAUUAGUGAUGCAAGUAGUGUCUUCUAUGUAUAAGCGCAAUAUUCAGCGGUUAACUCAAACAUACCUAACACUCUCCCUCCAAGAUAUUGCUAACACUGUCCAGCUAAGAGGCCCUAAAGAGGCAGAAAUGCAUGUGCUUCAGAUGAUUGAAGAUGGUGAGAUAUAUGCAACGAUCAACCAGAAGGAUGGUAUGGUUAGAUUUCUGGAGGAUCCUGAGCAGUAUAAAACAUGUGGAAUGAUUGAACACAUCGAUUCAUCAAUUAAGAGAAUUAUGGUGCUGUCGAAAAAGUUGACUUCUAUGGAUGAACUUAUGUCAUGUGAUCCUAUGUACCUAGCAAAGGUUGGUAGGGAGAAACAGAGAUUUGAUUUUGAUGAUUUUGAUAGUGUUCCUCAGAAAUUCACUGUCUGAGACAAGCAAAGUUCAGCUUCUGAGUAAAUAUGGCAAAUGAUUCUAGAUCUGUUCAUUUGAAGUAUAAGCAAAUUUUGUUUCCUCUGUGUCCCUCACCAAAAGUAAGAGAAAAUAGUUGUAGUUAACUCCUGGUUCAGUUAGUAAGUAGCAAGCUUGUUUCCUCUGUCGCUUUGUCUCAUUUUGAUUGGGCAGAUUGCACCGCUUGCUCUAGUUUCUUUUGAUCUGACAAGAAGGAUACUCUCCUUGCAAUGGGAGCCUAAGACUAGGAGGAUCAGAUUUAUUUUCUGUGGUGGACGUUAAUGUUCUAGUAAAUUUAUCUCAAGUAUUAGUUUGCUGAA